AGCACCUUGUAGAAGUCCUGACGGACAAACCUUGCGGCCGAUCAAAACCUAUUGUGCCCGGCGAACUCACAUGCAGUACCUACCUAGUACACGUACAAAUACUGAGACCCUGCAGCAUUAGAUCGGCUAUGGAUUCGGAGACCGAAAAUCUCCGGCAUGACGGCGAUUUUCGGCUGUUUCCUAUUCAAACUGAGUACCAUAGUAUUGCCUGUAGUGAUUUUCGCUGCUUAUGCUGUCUCGAUGUUAUGUCGAGCGUAUGAUUUUGGGCCGGCGGGUCGGCGAUUUUCACGUGUGCAAUACAACACAAGUCCCGAGAUAGUGUCAUAUCUAGCCGAAGUCUUCGUCUGGUAUCCUUCACCAUUCGGUGUUUAUUGUAGUUCUCGGCGUCAUCCUCACUUUUGGACUGCCGAUUGGGUAUACGUUGUAGACGAUAUAACUCUGUGUCAGGUCUCUUGCGAGAGAGGACAAACCGUCAUGUUGGGUCCACGAGAUACUAGCUAGGCCAUGAUCUGCUAUACUUCUGUUGGCGAGAGUGAGAUAGAUGAGUCCGCUGAGAUUUGUGGCACAACACAGACCAGGAAGUCAAACUCGAUGCCACAUUGCAUAGAAGGCGCCGGUGUCCCGCGCCGUGAUC